AUGCAUCCCCUGAAACACGACCCUAUCAAGCCGCACUGCUUCUUGACAUACUGCUCGCUUAACUCGGAAGCCAGCCACACCAAUGCGUCGGAGGAAACAACGUCCAGCUGGUACGAUGUGGCAGCGUUGUCGGGGGAGACGUGUUACUGUGGUCAUUAUGGGAUGGAGGGGCUGGUGGCCAGGGAGUGUCCAGACAUCUCUACUAAAGGGGAGUCAGACACUGUCCCACAAAACAACUCUACAGGGUGGUGUUGUGACUCUGUCUGUCUGCCGUGUGGAGAUGGGAAGGACAUGUUGGCUGUAUACAGAACACUGGGGCCUUACAUCCGGAAUGUCAGCCUGGCAGUACUGACUGACACAGUGCAUUCUGGGAUGCCUUUCCUCUUGGAGGUUUCUGGAUACCUGGCGGCUCCUCCCACUCAGCCAACAGGGAUAUAUGGCCUGGAAGGAGAGAACCUAUCGUCUGUGGAUGUUCAAUUCAGUGGGAAGGGCCACAAAGGUCAAAGUUCACACAGCGUCAUCAUCCAGGACGAUGGCUUCUUCACCUUCUCCUCUGAUUGGAUGCUGGAAAACCCUGGAACAUACCAAAUUAAGAUCUCAGUCUCCAACCUCCUCUCCCAGCUCUUCUCCUCCCUCUAUCUCUCCGUCUUGCAUCCCUCUCCAGAGGGGUUGGAGGUCAGCCUGGUCCAGGGGCAAGGGGGUACUCCCUCCUGCCUGCCCUACCCAGCCCAGGACACCCUAUCCCGGGCUCUGGAGAAGGCCUACCUGGGUGAUACCCUCACCCUCCAGGCAUAUGUAGGAGCUGGAAUCAGGGUGCAGUUCCACUGGAGAUUCAUCAGUGAUGAUGAAAAGGAAGAGGAAGAGGAGGGAAAGAGGAGGGAUGUAAAGAUAGACUGCCUUCCUGAUUCUGAUUGUCUGAGCAGCACUGUGGCGGUGGUGAGGCGUGUUGUGUGUGAUUUGAUUCUGGAGAGUCGGUCUGGGUACCAUCUGGCUGCUGGUCAGAACAUUUCUGUGGACCUGCAGCUCUACACCACGCAGAGACAGAGCCUACUGCUCAACCUCACACUGACCUACCAGGGAAAACACAGCGUCAACCAAGACCAUGUCCACAACCUCAACCAAACCUUCAAUCAUGACGAUGCUGACCAUGAAAACAAUCAAAACCAUGACCAAACAGAGGAUCACAACCUCAAUCAAAACCAAACCUACAGUCAUGAACCUGACCACUUCUACAACUUUACCCUAGCGCUUGAACUCAACCACAACCAAACCCAGGGUCAUGACAAUGACGAUCACACCGUGUCCCUCCAAUUCACCCACACCCUCUCCCUGUCCUCUUACCCACAGCCCUCCAGCCCCCUGCACCUCCGCUCUUCCUAUGGCCAGACCAGCUGCCACCUCCAGUUCCGCCUGCACUACCCCCUCCCCUCCACCGUGGGACAGUAUACCCUCUCAGCCACAGUCUUCUCCCUCUCUGAUCCUGCUGUGCCGCUACUCUCCGCCUGUCUCCCUUGCCCCCUGGUGGUGUACGACCGCAUACGCCGGCUCUGGCCGGCUGGAACGUGGAGCGCUGUGGUUCAGUCACGGUCAGAAGUCAACCUCACGGUCACCAGCCAGGCUGACCGCAUGGGUUCUAAGAUGCUUUGGACAGUUGCUAGGGGCAACACCACUGUGUUCAACAGGAUCACGGAGGCCUGGACCGUGACCAUGACAUUCUCGAUCGCAGGGACCUAUCUGGUCACGGUCAAAGCCUUCAACCCAAUCAGCUGGGUUGGCUUCCACACACACUUCCUGGUCCAAGAUCCAGUCGGAGAAUUUUUGUUGAAUGUUCCAAGAGUGGUCACGGUCGACUGUCCGACCGCAGCGUUGUUCACCAUCACAACAGGGUCGAACAUGUCUGUGGUGGUGUUAACGAACACAUCCGUGCUGUACCAGAACAACAGCUACACAGCAUGGGAGGAGGUGACCGUGGGUUUGUUGUUUGACUGUACUGGGACCACUGAGGUUGAGGUCAGAGCUGAGAACCUAGUCUCCUCUGAGAACAGGUCUGUGAACGUGUGUGUUCAGCUGGUCAGAAAGUGGUUACACACGGUCACCAUGGAUAUAACUCUACCACCGGUCAUUGGGCCGAGCCUAGCCCUCAGUACCAAGGUAAAUGCAGCUUUGAUAUUAGCACAUGAGGUAACCACGGAGGAGCCAAUUGGUGACGUCCUCUUAGUGUUGGCCACACCUGCCGUGAUCCGAUUAGCUGACUUCAUCAAAGCAACAGCGAUAGUGGUCAGAGGCGGGGCCUUGGUGUUUGAGUGGCAGGUGUCUCUCCCAGAACUCACCACUCACAGUCACACAGACAGGAACACCAGUGUGAGCUCCCUUCAUCUCCAGGCAGUUGUUCCAGGGAUGUAUAACAUUACCGUGACAACCUACUGUCCCCUGGGCCACACCUCAGUCAGCCGACACCUAGAGGUCAGGGUUCAUGGCCCCGUGGGUCACGUUCAGGUCCAGUACCCAUUUGGGUCGGAUCGGGCAGCGCUCCACCUGCAGGCUGUUGGGACCUACGCCACGUCCCUCCUCCUGUUCAGAGGACACUCCUUCUCCCACAGCGCCCAUUUUGUUUUUGACUUCGGAGACGGGUUGCCAACUUCAUAUGUGAACGGUGUCUCUCAUUCGCUGGGAAAGACUGCAUCUACCUAUCACCAGUUCACUAAAGAGGGAGUGUUCCAGAUCAGAGUGUGGGCCUAUAAUGAGUUCUACAGAAGUAUGGCUACGGAACGUGUGUUCUAUGUAGAGAAGGUUCCAGCGGGUCUAGAACUCUCUGCCAACUCAAGUGUGGUCCAUAAGAACCAGGUGGUUCUCUUUGAGGCUCUGUUAGAACAGGGAACUAACGUCUCCUACACCUGGAGUAUGGGAGACCAGACCACCUAUGUCAAUGCAGGUGCUGUAGUGUCCCACGUGUUCCUGUCUGUGGGUGCGUUUGAGGUGUGUGUGUUGGCUGAGAACAAAGUGGGGAGUGUGAGCCACUGUGUCCCCGUCUCUGUGCUGCACCGGAUGCAAUCUGUGAGUAUCCACACAGAGAAGCAGGCGUAUGCCACAAACACUGAUAUAACAUUCCGGGCCCGGACAGAAGAACCGGACCCUGUGGAAUUCCUCUGGCACUUUGGAGAUUCCCGACCACUUCGAACCACGUCACGCUCCUUAAAAAAGACAUACCACACACCUGACAGGUACAGUGUGGUGGUGGUAGCCUCCAACGGGCUGAGCUCCUUCACCUCCGAGGUGCAUCCUGUCCUGGUCCAGAGAGCUGUGCGUCCUAACAGAUUGCUCCUCCAGCCGUCUGUGGUUCUGAACCACACCGCCAGCUUCACCUGUAGGGUCAACUCUGGAACCAACCUUUCCUACUCCUGGAGCUUUGGAGACGGAACCUCCAGGACGGGAGGGAACACAGAACAGCAUGUGUUCCACAGGACAGGAGAGUUCACGGUUGAGGUGACCGUGUCUAACCUGGUCAGCUCUGCCUCCCUGACCGCACAGAUGUUUGUGGUCGACCGCCCCUGUAAACCUCCAGCUGUUAAAAACAUGGGACCGCUCAAGAUACAGGUACGGAGGUAUGAGCCAGUGGGUCUGGGGGUGACGUAUGAGGCAGAGGUCCAGUGUGAUGUGUUCCAGGGUCUGGAGUACAACUGGUCUCUGUAUAACUCUACAGGCCUGCCUGUACCUCUACCUCCUGUUCACACAGACAGACAGAGCAUCACCCUACCCAGCCACUUCCUACACUAUGGUAUCUACACCGCUAUAGCCAAGGUCCAGAUCGUGGGCAGUGUGGUGUACAGUAACUACAGUGUAUGUGUGGAGGUGGUGCCCAGUCCUCUGGUCUCCUUCAUCCAUGGAGGCACCAAUGUGUUCCUCAGCAGCAGAAACAGCAGCAUUAUCUCCCUAAACGGACAACUCUCCUAUGACCCCGACUACCCCAUGAACCACCUCAGCUAUAACUGGACCUGUAAGCCAAUCAGUACCAUCGACAGCUCCUGUUUCGACCAAUAUGUGCCCACCUCCUUCUCUGUGAUCGUGUUUCCAGUGGGGUUCCUGAAACGGGACUUUGACCAGUUCAGGUUCAUGCUCACGGUCCAGAGUGGAGAACGCUCAUCUACAACUGACACCUUCAUCACGGUCACACCCAGCCGGAUCAGGAGAGUGUCAGUGUAUUGUUACCAGUGCCAGGGGGACGCAGUGAACUGGGACCAGUCGUUCUCAGUCAGAGCAGUGUGUGAUAGCUGUGGCACCUCCCCCAGAACCAUCAGCUACACCUGGACUCUCUACCUGGUCGACUCCUCCAGUAAGGUGGACACAGACGUCCCCUUCUGCCACAGUGUGGAUCUGAGUAUUCCCUCCAACAUCAUUGGUAGCCCUACCUUCCCCCUGCCUCCAGCCCUGACUCUCACCCCUCCAUCAUCACCCCCACACACACCCUCAACCACAGCCAGCAUGAUGUCCUCAUCCACAGAGAUAUCCUCAAAUAUGACAUCAAUCUCAGCCAGCUUGGUGACCGGUCUGAUGCCAUCAAACGUGACCAGCCAUACUGAGAUACAAACUACGACCCCCACAACUCCCGACCCAGUCCCCCUGCCUCCCUUCUCCCCGUUGCCCCCCUUCCCCCUCCCUUCUCCAUCACCUGGUGGUCGCCCCCAGAAACAGAGGUCACAGGGGUCAGUAGAACUUCAGAGAAUCAAUAGCGCAGCUGGGAACAACCAAACACCAAACUACAGCCCUCCAUUUCUCUCUUUACCAAACCACGCUGUUUUGGCCAACCCUUCACCAAACUCCUCCCCCGAGCCUAUCUCUGCUCCAAUCAGCUUCACUCCUGAUACACCUGAGCCAGACUUGGGAGGGUUUGACCCCGGUGGGCCCCCUUACCUCAUCUCAGAGUACCCUGUAGUUACCUUUGACGACGGCAGCAUCCUUUACUCUGCCCCCCUCGGCCAGAGUGACAUCAUCGAGGAAUUCCCCAUCGAUCCCGAUUUUACCACUGACUACGACUUCCCUUUCCCCGUCCUGGAGAGUGGAGAUGUGAGCGGACGUCCUGUUGAGGGCUCCUUUCCUGGACAGUCAGUCAGUGGUGGAGUGUUAGGACCCUUCCCUGGAUCAGAUCCCUCCACAGCAGAGACAAGCUGGGACCCCAAUGGAACACUAGAACCAUCAGGCAAUCAGACAGGCAGCUAUAACUUCACUGAUUAUAAUGUUCCCUUCCUGGGGAUAGAGGAGGGAGACCCGGGAGUGUCAGUGGGCAGACCAACAGGUUUUAGUGGUGGGAGCUCCGAGAGCUCAGAGGGUGACUCUGCUCCUGCUGUCCCAGGAUCAGGUGAGGAUGAGGGGAGUAACCUGAUGGACUCCAGCCCCUCCCUGGUGGUCCUUGAACCCACACUACUAGACUUGCCCAGAGAACUGUUAGAGCAGGAGCUGUUUGAGUCCUACACAUACACAGGAAUCUCCUCUAAUCUCAUCACGUUCAGACCUUUCACUCUGAGAGCAGGGAGCAGAUACAUGUUGGAGGUCACAGCUAACUCCCACGAUGCAGUACUGGGGCGGACUCAGCUGUUCCUGUCCACUAGCCCCAGCCCCCGAGGGAUAACCUGUCAGGUGCAGCCUAGCAGUGGCUUCGAGAUACACACACACUUCAGCUUCUUCUGCACCUCUGGGAAAGAGGACCUGCUGUAUGAGUACAGUUUCAGUAUAGGAAACAGCCCUCCUAAGAUCCUGUACCAAGGAAGAGACUUUCAGUACUUCUUCAACCUGCCAUCUGGAGACCCUCAGGAUGACUAUAAAGUCACUAUCUAUACAGAGGUCCGGAACAGGUUUGGAACAGCAACUGCACCCUGUCCUGUAACCGUCACAGUCCACCCCAGCUUCAUCAGGAACACCUCCUCUAACUACAACCCUGAUAUGGAACUUUUUGAGUCAGGUUUGAGGAACCUGUCUGGUCUGGUCCAGUUGGGGAACAGUGUAGAGAUCCGUAACUACAUCAUCCUCCUGUCCAGCGUCCUCAACAGACUCAGCCAGGACCCCACAGCCAACACACACACUCAGACACACACACGCACCGCACUCAUCAAUGCUGUUUGUCACCUCGACAUCAAUGACCAGCGGUCCAUGACAGAUAACAUCUACAUGCUCAAAGACCUGAUGCACCUCACCCACCAGGUAUCGUUAGCCAGUGCCAGUUUGGUGGUGGGUCAUGUCCAGUCCAUCUCAGACCUGUUCCACCAGCCCAGUGUUCCUGUUCCCUACCUAUUGGACAGCUGGACCCUCAACACUCUGGUCACACUGCUGUCAUACAGCCUGCAGGCCACCCCCACUACUAAUGAUGUCAGACAAGACCAGGCCACUGCUGCUGAUGUCAUACAGGCCACGCCUACCCUCAAAGAACAGGCCAUACAACUCACGACUGACAGUCUGCAGACUACUGAUCAAUUACUACUGAAAUACCUCCUGUUCAAUAAGGUCGAGCAGCACAACGUGACCACCAGUGUCAUGGACCUACAGACCACUCACCACGACCGUGGUCUAACCACAGUCAUCAGCUCUGGCUCGGCCACCUUCUACCUGCCUGACUCCCUGGACCUGGUCCUGUACGGCCGUAGGAGGAGAGAAACCGCAGAUGGACCACAGAGUCUCUGUGUCCUCAGCCAGCUGACCACGUUCACACACAACCUCUACUUCUGGACCAAGACACCUGUACUGCUGAGUGGGCCAGUGAUUGACCUGACUCUGUACAACUGCAGCACAAGGAGAGAGAUUCCAGUACGCUCGCUCUCCCAACCAAUCAACAUCGAGUUCCCCAAAACACCUAGAAAUGUAAGUUCUUUAUCGGAGUUCACUCUCCUGCGUAGCCAGGUGAACUACCACGGUUUCAACAUUACCCAGCAGGCCUUGCAGGAGGCCAUACUGGUCAGUGUGGAAUUCACGCGGCCCCCCAACAAGACCUUUCCCAUCAUGCUCCUCUUCAGGAUGUUUGAGAGGCCGACCCCCAGCUUGUAUCACAUCCACAGCAUCUAUCACUGGGACAGAAACACCACUUACAUCACCCUGCCUCCAUCAUACCUCACUGCUGCAGGGACAGGCUACCUGGCUCUACUCAAUGCUGACUACAAAAAGACCCCCAGACACAAGUACAUGAGCAGACAAGUGAACUACACAUUGAGACUGGAGACCAGCCAGUGUCUGUCCUGGGACCACCAGGAGGGCUGGACACACACCAGCUGCACACCUCAACAAGGACUGACCUCACACACCAGGGUCAACUGCAGCUGUAGGCACUUGAGCCCAUUGACCGUGGUCCAGCAGCAGAUCCAGAGCAGCCAUGAUGACUCAGCAGACCUGGCCCAGUUCAUCAGUCUCCCCAGUGAUGUGACGGUGGUGUGUGUGUGUGUGGUGUGUGUGUGUCUGUAUGCUUUGGGCAUGGUGGUGUGUAAGAGAGCUGACCUCAUCUCAGAGAGGAACCAGGGAGUCUACUACCUAUCUGAUAACGCUCCUUCAGACACACACCUCUACUCUGUUACUAUACACACCGGCCUCCGCUCCUCACCCAGCAUGACCGCCAAGGUCCAUAUCGUGCUGUAUGGGGAGGAUGGGGCGUCACAGACCAGACAACUACAUGACCCAGAAUGCCUUCUGUUCAGAAGGAACUCCAGGAACACCUUUAUACUGAGUACUGUAGACAGUCUGGGCCCUCUGUGGGGGCUGCACCUGUGGCAUGAUAACACUGGCCCCUCCCCCACCUGGUACCUCAGACAGGUGGAGGUGUGUGAGGUGAAGGGCAAGGGGCGGAGCUGGCUGUUCCUAGGCCAGUGCUGGUUGGCUGUUGACGAGGGUGACAGACAGGUGGAGAGGAGACUCAGGGUCUGUGAUCAGGGGCCAGGAUUCACCAAGCUGCUGUAUCUGAAGCUGUCAGAGUACCUGUCAGACUUCCACCUGUGGUUGUCUGUGUACAGUGGUCCCUCCCCUAGUGUGUUCACUCACACACAGCGCCUCAGUGUGUGUCUGCUGCUGCUGCUGGGGUACAUGUGUGUCAACACGUUACUCAUAUCUGGCCUCGACGACCAAUACACCUUAGAGCUGGGCAUCAUCGACGUGUCUGCCGUUUCCCUAACGACGGGGUUGCUCAGCGCGCUGGCUGUGUUGCCCGUAGCGACCGCGCUGUCCUUCCUGUUCCGUCAGCCUGAGGUUAGAGUAAAGAGGUCAGAGAUCAAACAGGACAUGGUCAGACUGCCAGACAUCUACUCUAUAGAAGCUGAUGCGCUGAUCGUGAGUGACUGUGUGUUUGACUCUCUCUCCUGGAACAAUCUGCAGCAGUGGGCACAGGAGGCCUGGAGGAAGAAAUAUGAGGGCUCAGUGCCGAAUAGGGAUCUGGUAACUCAAAGAGGAGAUCUGGUAAUACGGGGCAGUCAGGAUCUGGUAAGGGAUCUGCUGACCCAGGAGAGCGUCUCCUCAGAUUGCAACUCCAGUGGUUUUGACAACAGCUUGCUUGGCAGGUUGCUAGGCAACAGUGUCCCAGACAACAACAGCGUUUGCAAGGAGAGGGAUCGUAACCUCAACGAUAGCCCCAAACUGCUAGGCAACAACCAGGUGGGCAACAGUACCAGCAGAUGCUUAGGGGGCAGGCUCAGCCCUCUACCCCGCUGGAGUCACCUCCUAGCCUGGGUACUGUGUUUGGCCCUGGGCCUCUCCUCUCUAGUGGUCACUAUCGUCUUGGGGAUCGGGUUCAGCAGCAGUAAGACUUUACUGUGGAUCCAUUCCGUCUUCUUCUCCCUGCUCUCCUGUGUCUUCCUCAUCCAGCCAGCCAUGAUCCUUGCCGUGGCUGUGGUGGUCUCCUUCUGGCGCAGGAAGCGUCCGGACUUCUCCAGUUUCUCAGGAGUUCCUGGGUUUCAGGCAGAAACUCUGAAACUGUGGACCCAAGAUGGCUCCUGUGUCCCAGAGCUCUUCCUGCUCAGCCCUCCUCAUCCGCCCCAGGAGAGAUACUCACACUUUGACAGGGUGCUGGCGGCCCGUCAGAGGGCUCGGUAUCUGCGUCUGGUACGCCCACCCACUUCUGGGGAGCUGAGGAGGACAGGGGGGAGGAAGAGGAGAGAAACACUCAUCCGCAAAACACUCAGGGAGAUGACAGUGUGUGUCUCCAUGCUGUUCCUCCUACUGUGUGUAACCUAUGGCAGCUCCUUUAGAGACCAGUAUCACCUCAACCAUGCUGUCCGAACACAGUUCACCAGUCUGACCUCCCCUCAGGUGCCUCCUAUAAUGGCGACCUUGUUCCCAGAAUGCCUCACGGCAUAUCCCCCACGUGAAAGAGUCUCUGGGAUGGCGUUACCCAUGGGGGUCAGACUUCGUCUCUGCGGUCAACUCCAGUGUUACACAGGAACUGGGACCACAGUACGACUGGGUCUAACACGGUCAGAGUUUGUGUCCAGGCUAGAAUCCCUGAGGUCCGCUGGCUGGCUGGACAGACUAACGGUAGCCAUGGCAACCCAGUUCACCCUCUACAGCCCCCCCACCAACCUGUUCAACAGUGUGAACCUGAUGGCCGAGAGAUUACCUGGUGGAGCUUUGCACACCUCCGCCCAUGUCCAGUCAGCUAGGGUCUACCAUUCCCCUACUGUGUGGGACUACUUCAGUAUGGCAUGUCAGCUCCUUUUCCUCCUCGUCUCUCUGGUCCAGCUCGUCCUCCAGAUCUGUUCUGCUAGAGAGAAAGGCAUGCUGGGAUACUUGAGAGACCCCCAGAGUUGGCUCCAGGUCAGUAUACUCCUGGUAACCCUUCUCUCUGUCUCCCUCCAGGUCAGUAUACUCCUGGUAACACUUCUCUCUGUCUCCCUCCAGGUCAGUAUACUCCUGGUAACCCUUCUCUCUGUCUCCCUCCAGGUCAGUAUACUCCUGGUAACACCUCUCAUUCUCCCUCCAGGUCAGUAUACUCCUGGUAACCCUUCUCUCUGUCUCCCUCCAGGUCAGUAUACUCCUGGUAACACUUCUCUCUGUCUCCCUCCAGGUCAGUAUACACCUGGUAACACCUCUCAUUCUCCCUCCAGGUCAGUAUACUCCUGGUCAGUAUACUCCUGGUCAGUAUACUCCUGGUCAGUAUACUCCUGCCUCUCUAUCUCCCUCCAGGUCAGUAUACUCCUGGUAACCCUGGUGUACUACAUCUACUACAUCUAUCAGUCCAUUCUGACUCUGGAGGUCGUUGACCUGCUGCAGCGACACGACUUCAGGACGCAUGUGGAUGUCAGCUUACUGUCUACCUGGGAACAGCACACCCAUACACUGCGUGGCAUACUGCUCUUCCUCCUGGUGGUGCGGUGUAUGUGUUUGUCGGGGGUUAACAGAACCAUGGCCGCCUCAGUGACUCUACUCAGACUCGCCUUCUCCAGACUCCUCUGGCCAAUGCUGUCAGGAGUUGUCCUGUUGGUGGCUCUGUCCUCUGUGGGAAACCUGCUGCUCCUGAGAAGGUCCUGGGGGUCCAGCUCCCUGCCCCACUCCGUCUUCACACUCCUGUCUCUCUCCAGGGGCCAACUGGGCUCCAGGGCCCCAUCCCUGCCCAUGGCCUCUCAGCCCCACCAGCUCCACAGCCCCAACAGCCUGUCUUUGUCUUUCUACCAUGGAGCUCUCUGUCUCACCCUCACUGUGGCCUGGACAGCAGUGUUGAUUGGAAUCGUCUCCUCGUUAGUGAGAGCUGCUAAACUAGCUGGUAGGAGGAGGAGCCUACUGACUCUCUGUGACGUGGUUGGCUACGUCAGGGACCGGGCGGCUGUGCUCAUUGGCCAACGCAGACAGAGAUGGACAGAUAGCCAUGCCCACAGGAGAAGUUUUUACCUGGAGGAAUUUGAGAGCCUGGUGGAUGAGCUGCAGUUUAGACUAAAUGCCUUCUCUAACAGUCUGCACCACACCCUACCUCCUAAAGAUAUCUUCUUCCCCACCCAGAGCCCGUCCAGCCUGGCUUCACAGCGCUCUGCUGCCAGUGAAACAGCACACAUGACUGAAGAGACACUUCUCAAUGAUCCCCCUGACAUCACCAAUCUCCCACUGACCUCCAGGGAACACUCACCUGACGCACACCACUACAGGUCUCAGCUUGAGUUGGAGACCCUCCACCAUCUGCAGCAGUCAGGCCAGAGGAGGCAGACCCCAGCCCCAGCUGGGGGACUCUCAAGUAGGGUAGGGACAUCCGGCAGUCCCCUGCAUAGUGGAGCACCAGGGAGGAACUCCCGAGAGCACCCAUCAGACAGAAACCUCCAGAGCUCCACCUCCAUAGGGGGGCCAAGCUACCUCUCCUCCCCAGAUUCGGUGCACCUAGCUGAGGCUCGGACAUGGGACAACAUGCCUCAGAUCCAGAGCCUAACAGGCUGGAUAGAUAAUCAGCUGGUUAAGACUGUGAUUCUGGAGAAUCAGAUCAGCCAGUGGACCACUGUCGGUCGGUCUGGUAAGAAGAGCCACAGAAGUCCCAGAAACACCCAAUGGGCUACAGUAGAGGGGCCCAGCUCCAGAUAUACCACUGCUUCUGGGGUGGUGGAGGGCCAUGGAGGGCCACACAGGGCUGUGGUGGAGGUUAUGGUCCAUGGGCGCCCGGAGACUGAGCCAGAGGAGGAGGGAUUCCUAGGGACAGUCAGACAGUGCUGGGGUUAACACUGUAUGGCGAGUCUAAUGAAUUAAUUAUCUUCAUCAAUAUGCUAUUCAAGAGGGAUAUUUUGAAAAAAACAUGUUUAAAUACUCUGUGUGGAGGGAAUCAGGCUUAAUUACAAGUAUUCAGUAGGCGACUGCUUGUGUCACCAUGUCUAUUUUCAAAAACAUUAAAUAAACAAUCUGCCCUGGUUGUAAAACAAAUAAAUAAAUGGUGUGUAAAAUACAUUCUCAAAUAAAUGGUGUGCAGGAUAGGGUGAGGGGAGCGCACACUGUUUCUUGAAAGAAUGAACAUUACAACAUGGCUCACUGACUAACCAACUAAUAUGCUUACAGGACAGUUGCAUUGUUGCAGCAAUCCAGAGACGUCCUUGCACAAUAAAUAAAUAAACCUCUUCA